GUUCGCAUGCACGCACGUUGGCCGCGGAGCAACAUCUCCAGCAAACAGAAACCGAAACCUAAACAGAAACAGAAACAGAAACAACAAAUAAAACAUAAGAAACAAAAAAAUAAAAAACAAAACGAAACUACAAAUACAAAUAACAAAUAACACGGCAGCAGCCGUCGCUGAGACGCGGAACUUGGCUCGAACUUUAGUUUAGUUUUUCUGAGUUUCAGUGGCCAGUGGCUAAAGUGCGGCGAUAUCGGGCGAAACGGUUAACGGCUCACGGCUAACGGUUGACAGCCAGCGGUUCAGCACGCGCCAAAUCCUUUUUUUUCAAGUUUGUCAAUGUUUUUAGUGGUACUAAAGAAAACACAACAUUAUAUGUAAAGUAUAGGCAAGAAUCUAAAGCCAACAGUGGAUCAAAAACGGAGCUGCACAUCAAUCGAUUCAUUAUGUUUACAUAUUUUUUUCGAGUGAUUUAAGUUUUGGCAAUGGACGCAGACUUCUUCUCCUUCUAAUCGAACCGAGUGACUUCGCAUCAUGCUGUAGAAGAAGAAGUUGACUAACAAAUGGUUGUUGUGAUCGAAAGUGUCUUUUGAAAUGUGUUUGAAACUCGGUGUUUGCCCAGCCAAAAUGGCCCAGCAUCGUUCGCUUGUCCGUCUCUACCUGCCCACCUAGAAGAGCUGCCCAGAUGAAUGCCCAGCAGCCGCUGAUCCUGGAGCCUGGAUCCAAGGCCAGCAGUGUUGUUGCGGCAGCUGCCGAGCUAGAGGCAGCAACAACUACGGCAGCGCUGGCCACGGCCUCGGCCACGGAGGCUUCUGCAGCGGACAGCUAUCCCGCCGUACAGCAGAACGGCGGCCACGAGGAGCAGCGGCUCAAUGGCAACCACGGAUGUCGCCGCGAGCAGCCGGAUGAUCGGACGGACCAGCCGGAGCAGCCGGAUCAGCAGGAUGAGCCCGAGCCAGUCAAGGACGUGGCCAACAAGCUGACCAUUAUCAAGACGCCGUUGAACAAGACUCUGCUCAAGAAGUGCAACAGCAACGGCAGCCUGCAGAUGCCGCACGCCAACAAUGGCAGCAGCAUCAACAUCAAUAAUCGCAACAACACCAACAACACAAACAACACCAACAACAACAAUAGCAACAAUAACAACAAUGCGGCCAGCAACGACGUCUGCGAUUCCGGUUUGCAAAGCGGAAAUAGCAAUGAACAAGAACCAUUUGCCAACAACGAUCGCCAUCACCACAUCUACCACCACCACCACCAUCACUACCAUCAUCACCAUGGCGGCGAUAAGAGCGAGGCGAGCGGCGACGUUGCAUCCUCGUCCUCCGCGGACCCCAACUCGCAUGUCAAGGACGAGCCCACAGCGCAGGAUAGCCAGGACAAUCAAGAGGCAGGAGCUGCAGAGGCUGGAGGAGCAACUGCGACUGCAGCCACGUGCAGCCCCAGCAAGUGCAACAAGUGCAACUCGCACAACAACAACAGCAACUGCAACAAUAACAAUAAUACCAUCAGCAACAACAACAAUAAUACAAGCAGCAAUACCAAUACGAACAGCAACAACAAUGCCAAUAACAACAACAAUAAUAAUAAUAAUAACCAUUACAACAACUACAAUAACUAUUAUAAGAAAAAGUCUCGUAUGCCGCCCAUUUGCCGAAUUAUGACACUGAGCCGUGGCCCGUACAGCGAGCUCGAUAAAAUGAGCCUUUUUCAAGACCUCAAACUCAAACGGCGCAAAAUCGAUUCGCGAUGCAGUAGUGACGGCGAGUCCAUAGCGGACACGUCCACCUCGUCGCCGGACCUGCUGGCGCCCAUGUCGCCGAAGCUCUGCGACAGCGGCUCGGCGGGGGCGUCGCUGGGGGCAUCCCUGCCCCUGCCGCUGGCCCUGCCCCUGCCGAUGGCCCUGCCACUGCCCAUGUCGCUGCCCCUGCCCCUCACGGCGGCAUCUUCGGCGGUCACCGUUUCGCUGGCAGCGGUCGUGGCCGCGGUGGCCGAGACGGGUGGCGCGGGCGCGGGAGGAGCUGGGACAGCAGUAACAGCGUCGGGAGCAGGACCAUGCGUCUCCACGUCGUCCACGACGGCAGCGGCAGCCACAUCCUCGACCUCCUCGCUCUCGUCCUCCUCCUCUUCGUCAUCCUCCACGAACUCCAGCACCUCCUCCGCCUCGCCGACAGCUGGAGCCUCCUCCACGGCCACCUGCCCCGCCAGCAGCAGCAGCAGUGGAAACGGAAACGGAAGUGGGGGCAAAUGUGGUAGCAUCAAGCAGGAGCACACGGAGAUACACUCGUCGAGCAGUGCGAUUUCGGCGGCCGCCGCCUCAACGGUGAUGUCACCGCCGCCCGCAGAGCCGACGAGAUCCAGUCCAGCCACGCCCGAGGGGGGCGGACCAGCUGGCGCCGGAAGUGGAGCAACGGGAGGCGGAACCACGAGCGGCGGAUCAACAGCUGGAGUGGCCAUCAAUGAACACCAAAACAAUGGCAAUGGCAGCGGCGGGAGCAGUCGAGCCUCUCCCGAUUCGCUGGAAGAGAAGCCCUCUACUACAACGACCACGGGUCGUCCAACGCUCACGCCCACGAAUGGGGUGCUGUCCUCCGCCUCGGCGGGCACGGGGAUUUCCACAGGAAGCAGCGCCAAGCUGAGCGAGGCCGGUAUGAGUGUGAUACGAUCCGUUAAGGAGGAGCGCUUGCUCAACGUAUCCAGCAAGAUGCUGGCGUUCCAUCAGCAGCGGGAGCAAGAGACCAAAGCAGUGGCGGCUGCAGCAGCAGCAGCAGCGGCAGGGCAUGUGACGGUUCUAGUGACGCCAUCGCGCAUCAAAUCGGAGCCACCGCCGCCGUCUUCACCCUCCUCUACAUCCAGCACACAAAGAGAAAGGGAACGGGAACGCGAUCGAGAGAGGGAGCGCGAAAGGGAACGCGAGCGGGACCGGGAUCGGGAACGGGAACAGUCCAUCAGCUCCUCGCAGCAGCACCUAAGCCGGGUCUCCGCCAGUCCACCCACUCAGCUGUCCCACGGCAGCCUGGGACCCAACAUUGUGCAGACGCACCAUCUUCACCAGCAACUCACACAGCCGCUGACGCUGCGCAAGAGCAGCCCGCCCACAGAGCACCUGCUCAGCCAGUCCAUGCAACAUCUCACCCAGCAGCAGGCGAUCCACCUGCAUCACCUACUUGGCCAGCAGCAGCAGCAGCAGGCGUCGCAUCCCCAGCAGCAACAGCAGCAGCAACACUCGCCCCACUCCCUGGUGCGGGUGAAAAAGGAACCGAAUGUUGGUCAGCGGCACUUGUCGCCGCAUCACCAGCAACAGUCGCCGCUCCUGCAGCACCACCAACAGCAGCAGCAGCAGCAACAACAACAGCAGCAGCAGCAUCUGCAUCAGCAACAGCAACAGCAGCAGCACCACCAGCAGCAACCCCAGGCACUGGCCCUGAUGCAUCCGGCUUCCCUGGCGCUGAGGAACAGCAAUCGGGAUGCGGCCAUUCUGUUUCGGGUAAAGAGCGAAGUUCACCAGCAGGUGGCCGCCGGGCUACCGCAUCUGAUGCAGUCCGCUGGUGGGGCAGCGGCCGCCGCCGCAGCAGCAGUGGCCGCGCAGCGAAUGGUAUGCUUCAGCAAUGCCAGAAUCAAUGGCGUGAAGCCGGAGGUGAUUGGAGGACCGCUGGGCAACCUACGGCCUGUGGGCGUCGGUGGCGGAAACGGAAGUGGCUCCGUGCAGUGCCCCUCGCCACAUCCAUCCUCCUCGUCGUCAUCCUCGCAGCUGUCGCCGCAGACACCCUCCCAGACGCCACCCCGUGGCACGCCCACCGUCAUAAUGGGCGAGAGCUGCGGUGUGCGCACCAUGGUCUGGGGCUACGAGCCUCCGCCGCCCUCGGCGGGCCAGUCCCACGGCCAGCACCCGCAGCAGCAACAGCAGUCGCCCCACCACCAGCCGCAACAGCAACAGCAGCAGCAACAACAGCAGUCGCAGCAGCAACAGCAACAGCAGCAGCAACAGUCUAUGGGCCAGCAGCAGCACUGCCUCUCCUCGCCAUCGGCGGGGUCACUGACGCCCUCCUCUUCGUCCGGCGGUGGUUCGGUAUCUGGCAGCGGAGUGGUCGGACCACUCACGCCCUCCUCGGUGGCGCCGCAGAACAACGAGGAGGCCGCCCAACUGCUGCUCUCCCUGGGACAGACACGCAUCCAGGACAUGAGAUCACGGCCACACCCCUUCCGCACACCGCACGCCCUUAACAUGGAGCGGCUGUGGGCGGGCGACUACUCGCAAUUGCCGCCCGGCCAGCUGCAGGCUCUGAAUCUUAGUGCCCAGCAGCAGCAGUGGGGCAGCAGCAACUCCACGGGUCUUGGUGGUGUAGGCGGCGGCAUGGGCGGACGCAACCUGGAGGCGCCGCACGAGCCGACCGACGAGGACGAACAGCCGCUCGUGUGCAUGAUCUGCGAGGACAAGGCCACCGGCCUGCACUACGGCAUCAUCACCUGCGAGGGGUGCAAGGGCUUCUUCAAGCGGACGGUGCAGAACCGACGAGUCUACACCUGCGUGGCGGACGGCACCUGCGAGAUAACCAAAGCACAGCGCAACCGUUGUCAGUAUUGUCGAUUUAAGAAGUGCAUCGAGCAGGGCAUGGUGCUGCAAGCCGUUCGCGAGGAUCGCAUGCCGGGCGGUCGCAACAGUGGCGCCGUCUACAAUUUGUACAAGGUGAAGUACAAGAAGCACAAGAAGACCAAUCAGAAGCAGCAACAGCAGGCCGCCCAGCAGCAGCAGCAGCAGGCGGCGGCGCAGCAGCAGCACCAGCAACAGCAGCAGCAUCAACAGCACCAGCAACAUCAGCAGCAGCAGUUGCACUCGCCGCUCCACCAUCACCACCACCAGGGCCACCAGUCGCACCACGCGCAGCAGCAACACCACCCACAGCUGUCGCCGCACCACUUGCUGUCGCCGCAGCAGCAGCAACUUGCCGCCGCAGUGGCAGCAGCUGCGCAGCACCAACAGCAACAGCAGCAACAACAGCAGCAGCAGCAGGCCAAGCUGAUGGGCGGCGUGGUGGACAUGAAGCCCAUGUUCCUCGGCCCCGCUUUGAAGCCGGAGUUGCUGCAAGCACCCCCCAUGCACAGUCCGGCCCAGCAACAACAACAGCAGCAGCAGCAGCAACAGCAGGCCUCGCCGCAUCUCUCGCUUAGCUCGCCGCACCAGCAGCAGCAGCAGGGACAGCACCAAAACCACCACCAGCAACCAGGUGGAGGUGGCGGAGGAGCUGGGGGAGGAGCUCAACUGCCGCCGCACCUGGUGAACGGAACGAUACUGAAGACGGCCCUAACCAAUCCCAGCGAGAUUGUACAUCUGCGCCACCGUCUCGACUCGGCGGUCAGUUCGUCCAAGGACCGACAGAUCUCGUACGAGCACGCCUUAGGCAUGAUCCAGACACUGAUCGACUGCGACGCGAUGGAGGACAUAGCCACACUGCCGCACUUCAGCGAGUUCCUGGAGGACAAGUCGGAGAUUAGCGAGAAACUGUGCAACAUCGGCGAUUCCAUAGUCCACAAACUGGUGUCGUGGACAAAGAAGUUGCCCUUCUACCUGGAGAUCCCGGUGGAGAUACACACUAAACUACUGACGGACAAGUGGCACGAGAUCCUUAUCCUGACCACGGCCGCCUACCAGGCGUUGCAUGGCAAGCGGCGCGGCGAGGGAGGAGGCAGCAGGCAUGGUUCGCCGGCGUCAACGCCACUGAGCACGCCCACUGGCACGCCGUUGAGCACACCGAUACCCUCGCCCGCCCAGCCACUGCACAAGGACGACCCGGAGUUUGUCAGCGAGGUGAACUCGCACCUGAGCACCCUGCAAACCUGCUUGACCACGCUAAUGGGCCAGCCGAUAGCGAUGGAGCAGCUGAAGCUGGACGUCGGGCACAUGGUGGACAAGAUGACCCAAAUAACCAUCAUGUUUCGGCGAAUCAAGCUCAAGAUGGAGGAGUACGUCUGCUUAAAGGUUUACAUACUGCUGAACAAAGCAGAAGUGGAACUGGAGAGCAUCCAGGAGCGGUACGUCCAGGUGCUGCGCUCCUACCUGCAAAACUCCUCGCCGCAGAAUCCGCAGGCGAGGCUCAGUGAACUGCUCUCCCACAUACCAGAGAUCCAGGCUGCGGCCAGCCUGCUGCUCGAGAGCAAGAUGUUCUAUGUGCCCUUCGUGCUCAACUCGGCGAGCAUAAGGUAGCAGAUGCUUGAGCACGGAC